CGGGCAAGCAGAGACUAUUCGGUGGUACGUGCGUGCGCGCGCAGUGACCCUUGUUCUCGGGAUCCCCAGGAGACGUCGCGACGCGCCGGUGCGCGUCGGCCUUGGGUCCGCACGAGAGGGCGCGGGAGUCGGUCGCCAUCUUGCCGGGGCCGGGAGUCGCGGAGUCUCGGAGGGUGUCCGCGAGGGUGACCGCGCUCAGUUCGGAGCCCGGGGCGAUGGACGCGGGGAAGGUCCCGGCGCGGUCGCGGGCGCGGGCGUGAGCGGUCUCGAGGCGUGCCCCGGCCGAGUGUCGGUCGCGAAGUGAGAGUGAGAGUGCGCGCGCGAGUCCCGGCAGGGCGUCGUCGCGAGGCCCUGGGUCGGUCCCGGGCGCUCCGGGGCGGGCCGCGAGCUCGAGCCAAGGGCGGCCUGCCAUGCGUCGGAGCCGCCUCGGCGAGCGGCGCCAGUGGCACCACCUCGUAGCGCGGCGCUUCGCCGAGGUCGCUGCGGUCGCGCCGGCGUGACCUGGAUGACAGGGCCGAGGGAGGACCGCCGACGAGCCCGCCGACGAGUCCGCCGAGGACCCGGAGCAGCGCCGAGGGGGCCCCCCAGCGGAGCAGCCCCAGGGGGAGCGCGCGCCGCGCCCGUUGCCGGCAGGUACCCCGGGCCCAGGAGGCGGAUCGAAGCCAUGAUUCUGCGCGGCGGCGGCGCCGCCGGCUGAAACGCCGCUCUCUCCGCCGGAACGAGAGAGAGCGACCCCCUCUCUCGCUCUCUCUCUCGAGCCCGAGCCCGACCCAACCCCCCGCCGGGACUGAGAGCGCGAGUCGACGCUACGACGCUGCCCAUUAGGAGGCAGAGGAGGCGCAGGAGGGGCUCGCUCUCUCGGAAGCGGUCGCCGGCCGAGUAGAGGAUGGUGCCCGGGGGCGGAGGCGGAGGGGGACCACCGCGGCACCACCGGCUGCUGGUGCUCUCGGUGAUGGCGACGCUGGUCUCGGCCCAGCUGGCCCAGCCGGCCUCCUCGACGCCCGAGGCCAUCGUGCACCAGUUCUACGACCCGGAAGUCGAGAAGAUGAACCACAUGGUGGUCGACAAGAACACGGGCCGCGUCUUCGUAGGCGGGGUUAACCGGCUGUACCAGCUCUCGCCGGACCUGCAGCUCGUCGUCGAGGAGGUGACCGGGCCCCAGGGCGACUCAACCUACUGCUCCACCCUGGACUGCCCGCGGGAGAUCGUCAAGCGACUCGCCGACAACGUCAACAAGGUCCUCGUCAUCGACUACACCACCAGUCGGCUCAUCUCGUGCGGCACCCUCUUCCAGGGCAUGUGCACGGUGCGGAACCUCCACAACAUCUCGGACAUCGUCCAGGACGUGAAGGAGCCGAUCGUCGCGAACAACGCGACCGCGUCGACGGUCGCCUUCAUCGCCGCAGGACCGCCCAACCCGCCGGUCUCCCAGGUCAUGUACAUCGGCGUCACCUUCACCGGCAACUCGCCCUACCGGUCCGAGGUGCCCGCUGUGAGCUCCAGGUCUCUGGACAAGGAUCGCAUGCUGAACAUCGCCGAGUCGGCGGUGACGACCGGCACGCGGAUGUACGUGAACUCGCUGGCCCGGGAGCGGUACUUCAUCAACUACGUGUACGGGUUCAGUAGCGAGGGCUUCAGCUACUUUCUGACUACGCAGAGCAAGAACACCGAGACGAACGUCUACAUCUCGAAGCUGGUCAGGCUCUGCCACGACGACGAGCACUACUACUCCUACACGGAGAUCCCUAUCGACUGCACCAACGAGAGCCGGGUCUACAACCUGGUGCAGGCCGCCUACGUAGGCAAGGCGGGCUCGGUCCUGGCCAGCGAUUUGGGCAUCACGGCCCAGGACGACGUCCUCUUCGGUGUCUUCUCGGAGAGCGUCUCGCCCACCAGCAACAAGCCCGCCAACGAGUCCGCCCUUUGCGUCUACUCGCUCAAGGCCAUCCGGCGCAAGUUUAUGCACAACAUCCAGAAGUGCUUCACCGGCGAGGGCCAGCGGGGCCUGGACUUCAUCUCGCCCAGCCACAACUGCGUCCGAACGAAUUUGCAGACCAUCAGUGAGGACUUCUGUGGUCUCGACGUGAACACGCCUUUGGGAGGACAAGAACCGAUCGCCGCAGUUCCGGUCUUGACAUCGCCGACACAAUUCACUGCCGUCGCGGCGACCUCUACGGGAGACUACACCGUCGUUUUUGUGGGCACCUACGAGGGCUACAUUAAUAAGGUCGUCGUAGAGAGCUCAUCGUCAGCUCUGAAGUACGGGGAACUGGAAAUCGACCCAGGAUCCCCGGUGAACCCUGACCUGCUCUUCGACACGCAGCUGAUGCACCUCUACGUCCUGACGGAGAAGAAGGUGUCGAAGGUCAAGGUGCAGGAGUGCUCGGUGUACAAGACUUGUCUGGAGUGCCUGGGCGCCAAGGACCCGUACUGUGGCUGGUGUUCCCUGGAGAACAAGUGCAACCUGCGCAGCGACUGCCAGGACGCCGCAAAGGAUCCUUUGUAUUGGAUCUCCUACAAGAGCGGGAGAUGCACGACCAUAGCGACGGUCGUGCCGGAGCAACUUCAGCGAACCACUGCCAGGACCCUGGAACUGAUGAUAGAGAACCUGCCGACCCUGAAGGGCCAGUUCCUGUGUGCCUUCUCCGCCCUCGACAAGACGCUUAUCACCAACGCCUCGAGGAAAGCCUAUGGCGUUAACUGCACGACCCCUCGGACAGACCUGCUGCCCAGCAUCCCACCAGGUCACCACCACUUCAUCGCCAAGCUAUCCGUCAGGAUGACCAACGGGCCCGACCUCGUCGCCACCAACUUCACCUUCUUCGACUGCAACACCUACAGCUCCUGCACGCGAUGCGUGUCUUCCGACUUCCCCUGCGACUGGUGCGUCGACGGACAUCGCUGCACCCACGACACCGCCGAGAACUGUCGGAACGACAUCCUGGUGACUGGCGUGAGCAGAAUGGGUCCGAGCUACCGCAGCGGACCUGGGUUCUGUCCCACCAUCAACGCCACGGACUCGGAGGAGAUCCUGGUGUCUUCCGGAAUUAAGAAGGUCAUCCGAGUGAAGGUGCACAUCAUCGGACAAUUCAUCGUGCAGACCAGGUUCGUCUGCCAGUUCAACAUCGAGGGUCGGGUGACCAGCGUGAACGCCCAGCUGCUCGCGGAUACGAUUUACUGCGACGAGACCGAGUUCUCCUACACGUCCAGGGCCCCGAACAUCACCGUGCCUUUCGCCGUGAUCUGGGGAGGGUCCAAGCCCCUGGAUAACCCAGACAACAUCCACGUGGUGAUAUACAGGUGCCGGGACAUGGCGGACAAUUGCGGCAUGUGUUUGGCCUUGGCCCAGAAAUACGGAUGCGGCUGGUGUCAGAGCUCGGCCAGGUGCGAGGUGAGGGACCAGUGCGACCGGGGCAUCGACGUCUGGCUGAACAGGAACCGGACCUGUCCUAACCCUGUGAUCGAGUCCUUCGAACCGAUGGUCGGUCCCUGGGACGGCAAGACCAACGUCACCAUUCGCGGCAUCAACCUGGGGAAAUCGUUCAACGACAUUUACAGCGGAAUCUCGGUCGCGGGUAUGGCCUGCAGUCCCUACCAGGAGCUCUACGUCCGGACCAAGGAGAUCGUCUGCAUGAUCGACGGCCCUGGUGACGGCAGAUUUCGCAGCGGACCGGUCAUCGUCAACAUAGAAGACUACCGAGGUCAGUCGGAGUACAACUUUGAGUUCGUCGACCCCCAGAUUACCUCGUUCUCCCCGAAGUACGGCCCCCUGAGCGGCGGCACCAUAGUCAAGAUCAUUGGCAAGUACAUGAACGCCGGUAGCAAGAUCGAGGCCUUGAUCGAGAAGCUGCCCUGCUCGAUCAUCAGCGCCGAGGCCACCGAGGCACUGUGCAUGACCAGCGCCAGUCAUCGGAAGCUGAAGAGCAAGCUGACCAUGAGCUUCGACGGGGGUAACCGGACUUGCGACGACUACUUCGAGUACGUCGACGACCCGACCAUCGAGAGCAUCUCAAGCGGGGUCGCCAGCCAGAUAAAGGUCCCCAAGGGCAUCCCCGUGGGCGGCAUCAGAAUAUCCGUGACCGGGAAGAACCUCGCCUACAUACAGAACCCACAGAUGUACGUGUACUAUGACGAGAAGAUGUUCGUGUCCCAGUGCGUCGUCCUCAGCCAGACCAACAUGGUGUGCCGGUCGCCCACCAUCGAGGUGCCGGAAAACGUCGAGCUGGGCGACGAGAGGCCUCUCCCGCUGGAGUACGGUUUCCGGAUGGACAAUGUCACCAGCGUGCGGAAUCUCUCCCAACACGGGUUCAACCACUUCCUUCUCUAUCCGAACCCCGUGUACAAGGUCUUCGACGAGGAGAUCAAGUACUACAAGAACGACUACCUCACCAUCAAUGGCCAACACCUGGACCGCGCCUGCCAGGAGUCCGACGUGGUCGUGCAAAUCGGGAACGCGUUUUGCAACGUGACCUCUCUCUCGCGCCAGCAGCUGACUUGUAAACCACCCUUGACCCAACCGCCGGCUUUGGACGCCGAGGGGAUGCCGAAUCGACAGGAACUUCCCGAAGUCAUCGUCAUAGUUGGAGGUACUUUGCGGUAUUCCAUCGGGAAGCUGAGUUACGCCCUGCCGGCCGGGCUUAACGGCCCUCUCUCCAAGCCAGUCCUCAUCGGCGUCAUCGCUGCCAUCGUCGUGCUCGUCCUCGUCUUUAUCGCCUUCCUGAUCGCCUACAAACGAAAGUCAACCGAGAACAACAGGGUCCUGAAGAACAUGCAGGAGCAGAUGGACAUCCUGGAACUGAGGGUCGCCGCUGAGUGCAAGGAAGCGUUCGCCGAAUUGCAGACCGAGAUGACUGACCUUACCGGCGACCUCACCAGUGGAGGGAUUCCCUUCCUGGACUAUCGCACCUACGCCAUGGAGAUCCUGUUCCCCAACGUGUCGAACCACGUCGUGCUCCAGUGGGACCGACCCGAGCUGGCGCGCAAGGAGAAGGGCCUGCGCCUCUUCGGGCAGCUCAUCAUGAACAAGACCUUCCUUCUGCUCUUCGUCAGGACCUUGGAGAGCAACCGGUACUUCUCGAUGAGGGACCGGGUUAAUGUGGCGAGCCUCAUCAUGGUCACCUUGCAGAGCAAGAUGGAAUACUGCACCGACAUCCUGAAGACCCUUCUCGCGGAGCUCAUCGAGAAAUGCAUGGAAGGGAAGAGCCACCCGAAGCUGCUGCUCAGGCGGACGGAAAGCGUCGCCGAGAAGAUGCUGUCGGCCUGGUUCACUUUCCUGCUGUACAAGUUCAUGCGAGAGUGCGCCGGGGAACCUCUCUACAUGCUCUUCCGAGCGAUGAAGCAGCAGGUUGACAAGGGGCCCGUCGACGCUAUCACCUCGGAGGCCAGGUACUCCCUCUCGGAAGAAAAGCUGAUCAGGCAGUCGAUAGACUUUAAGCCGAUGACUGUCUACGUAUCGAUCUCCCAGCAGAACAUCUUCGUUGGCGCCCUGGACCCGAACACGGAGAACGUUCCGGUGAAGGUCCUCGACUGCGACACCAUAUCUCAAGUCAAGGAGAAGGCUCUCGACACCAUCUACAGGUCCACGCCGUACAGCCAGCGACCUAAAAAGGAGGACCUCGAUCUUGAAUGGCGAACCGGAGCCUCCGGAAGACUGAUCCUCUACGACGAGGACUCGACCACCAAGAUGGAGGGUGAAUGGAAGAAGAGGAACACCCUGAAUCACUACAGGGUACCCGAUGGUGCCUCUCUCAGCCUCGUGUCGAAGCAGUCCUCCAUCUACAACUUGUCGAUCCUUUCCGAGAAGACCGACAAGUCGCACAAGUACGAGACCUUGAAUUUGAGCAAGUAUAGCUCGGCGAGUCCUCCCUUAUCGCGCGCCACGUCGCCCUUGAACCACGACCACGACGGCGGGGUGAAGUGCUGGCACCUGGUCAAGCAACACGACACCGACUCGAAGAAAGAGGGCGAGCGAGGCAACAAGAUGGUCUCCGAGAUCUACCUGACGAGGUUACUGGCCACCAAGGGCACGCUGCAGAAGUUCGUCGACGACCUCUUCGAGACGAUUUUCAGCACGGCCCACAGAGGCUCGGCGUUGCCCCUAGCUAUUAAGUACAUGUUCGACUUCCUGGACGACCAGGCGCUUCAUCACGGCAUAUCGGACCCCGAGGUGGUCCACACGUGGAAGAGCAACUCCCUUCCCCUGAGGUUUUGGGUGAACCUUAUCAAGAACCCGAACUUCGUCUUCGAUGUGCACAAGUCCAACAUCGUGGACGCGUGCUUCUCCGUCGUGGCGCAGACCUUCAUGGAUAGCUGCUCCACGUCGGAUCACAGACUGGGCAAGGACUCUCCGAGUUCGAAGCUGCUCUACGCAAAGGACAUUCCAGUGUACAAAGAGUGGGUGGAGCGGUACUACUCGGACAUCAAGAUCAUGCCCGCCAUCUCCGAUCAGGACAUGAACGCCAUGCUUGCAGAGGAGUCUAGGCUGCACGCGGCGGAGUUCAACCCGAAUUCGGCGCUGUACGAGCUGUACACAUACGCGGGCAAGUACAACGAGCAGCUGAUAGUGACGCUCGACGAGGACGAGUUCUCGAGGAAGCAGCGGCUGGCGUACAAGUUGGAGCAGGUUCACAACAUCAUGGCGGCGGACGCCAAUCCCUGAUGCUUCCUGAACUCUAAGCAUCCGACUAAACCUUCCCGUCAAGAGUUGCCCUGCUGAGUGUCCCUGUGUUUCCUCAGCGGACGAAUCGCCGAGCGUACCGGCCUAGAACGGCUCGUGCAUCGAAUCGGGUAUCGAGUCGGAUAUCGAGUCGGGUAUCGAGUCGGGUAUCGAGUCGAGUAUCGAGCGUCGGGAGAGCGAGGAGCGUCGCCUGGCCGCAGCUUCGGUUUUCCGCAGUUGCUUCUAAGAAUGGCCGCCGGAGGAGCCACUAGCGGCCCGAAAAACUGCACGGCUGCCCCGGGCGACCGGUAACGACUAAAUAAACGAUUAAAUAAAUCACUAAGUAUAUAAAUAAAUGAAUAAUUAAACUAAGCAAUCGAGCGGAUCGAAGGGAUAUACGUGCCGGGUGGACGUUCGAAAGCCAUUCGAUGACCCGCGCUCGACGGAGUCUCCUCGAGGGCCGCUGGCUGGCAGGUGUGUGUUAACAUCGGGAAUCAUCACACUCACUACGUAAUCUGUAAAUACGAAAGGAAACCAAAACCACGAUUUAUUAUAAUAUAAUAUUAAAUAACGACGCGCCUCUCACACCCCAGCGGCGGGCGCCGUUGUGCAACGCCUCCAAGCGUGAGAGGAGGGAGAGCAAGGGAGAGAGCGCCUGUGUGCACGAAAGAGAGGGAGAGAGAGAGAGAGAGAGAGAGAGAGAGAGAGAGAGAUUUGAAAUUCGGCGAGAUCGCGAGCGAGAGCACGGGCGUGCAUUUAAAGGUAAUACAUAACUUCGAAUCAAUUACUCGAUUAACGAUGUUGUACAUGUGUAAACGGCCGAGAACACGAGCGCCACCGCGGCGGCCAUUUUAACGAAGAAACAUUUCCAUCCACCGCUACUAUAGCCGAUCCCCUUCGGGGCUACGAGAGAGAGAGAGAGCGAGUGUGCGGAAGAAUGCGUGAGGAAGCGAACGUGGGUGGAAAGAGAGAGUGAGAGAGAGUUGCGAGAGAAAGGAAGCGAGAGCCUGAGAGAACGAGUGCGAGAGAGAGAGAGUCGAGUUUUACGAGUUCUAAGGAUUAACAUUAACGGUAAUUAAUUACUUGAUAUGGGUAUAUAUUAUAUACACGAUGGAUGGUGUAACGUCUCGUAUGUAUAUUGCGUGUACAUAUAUAUAUAUUGUCGACGCGUCGCACCGUACGUGUACGUAUGUAUGUGCACACGCAUUACGCGUGGACGCAUUUAUAUGUAUGUAUAUACACGUAUAAAACGAAAGAAGAAAAAAAACAGAUUCGCGCAAUGGAACAGACUGUGUAUUAGCUAGUAGGUAUUACUCUAUGGACUAUGGCCCCGUGCGCGUGCGCGCGCGCGCGGCGGCCAGCUCGAUGUGACGGUUGUGUUGAGUGUGCGUGCUUCCCUGCCCCCAGCCCCCGCCCCCCUUCCCGCGUGCUCGCGUGCACCCGCGCCUAAUUGAACCUGCCACGGUUUUUUCUAGCACUUUUUCCGCGCGUUUUCGCUAGGCCACCCGAGCCGCUCCGGGGGCACUCGCCCCCGUGGGAGGCCCCCGUCGAGGCUCGGCGAGCCGCCACUCGGACGAGGGCCUUCGGUGAGUGCCGACGACGCCAGCGCGCGCGCGGCCCGGCUCGGUACCGUGGCCGACCAAUGACGCGCCGGCCGGCGCGGGAACCGACCAAUCCCCUUUUGGGAUUUUCCAAGAUGGCGGCGGGCGCGAGGGCGCGCGAGCCUACCCCGGACUCGUCCCACUACUCCUUCCGCCCGCCUCCUCUGUACCCAUCAUCUCUCAUAUGCUUCAACGCCUCCGUCGUCAUGUUGUUGUCACUCUUAAUUAUUGUAAUAUAUAAAUAAUGAUCACUGUUGAGUAUUGUCUGAUUGUAAUACAUUGAUAUUGAAUUGAUAUGAAUUGAUAAUCAUUGAUCGACGUAACAUUACUCCGUGGGUGUAGUCGUGUAGUCUGCGAGCGUGUGAGAGUAGUGAUGGGCGUCGAGACGCUUCGGAUCGCUUCGAAUGUUCGGGUACGAGUCCGAGUCACCUCGGGUACCGUUCGAAUCGAGGAAGUCGCGAAUGGUCCUCGAUCGACUCCGAUUUCCCCGCACGUGGAUAACUCUCUUAUCUACAUAUCCGAUUGUAUGGAGGUACAGACGAUAAACGUUCAUUGAUUUUCGACGACUCGCGACAUCUUUCUUGGAAUGUCGAACCGAUGGAAAUUGAGGGACGCGCUCGAUAUCACGCGUUGGCGUCGCGUUCGAGUUUAUGUUAAAAUUCGUUGACUUUUGGCGAUUUCGAGAUUUCGAGCGAUAUGCGAAGCGGCUCGGGUAUUUAAAUCUAUUGUUUGGAAACCCAAGUCAGACUCAAAUGCUCAUCACUACGUGUGAGGCGACGGGGGCGACCCUUCCGACAAGGUUCGACUUUUUCGGAUUUGGAAUUGAGGAUGGUUGUUAAGUUGCACCGAACUCGCGGCGCGGAACCUCGACGGAAGAGCCGGCUCUAUGGGCUGGAUUCGUAGUCGCUUUUUGGAAAAAAGAUCUCUCUCGGUGUGCGUCGAAGGUCGGCGUCGUUUGUCCACGGAGGAGCUAAUCACCAAGAGUGCCACACUAGAGGCCUGAUUUGGGAUUAGUUGGCCUAUCGCUUACGUCACUCGAUGGCAUCGGCUUAUCCUUGGCAAUUCAUUGAUAACUAAUCAGGGACAUCCCUGAGUCUUUCUCAUGCUUCCUUGUAUCCGAGGAUCGACUACGAACUCAGUCUUGGCAAUCGUUCCCUAAUUAACGUUGACGUGAGAAGUGCUUAUCACAUAUAUGACGCACUUUGACUUGCCUAUUUGAAGUUAAAGUUGAAUCGAGGUCAAUUCGUCGAAUAGUUCUCGUCCAGAUAACUGGCAGAAUCACCAAACUGAUCCAGAACGUUAUCAUAAAUCUAAACGCUUUCUUGGGAGCUUCAGAUGGGAAAAUCAAAGUCCGUGGAUGUGUUUCAUCGGGGUAUCGAAAUUUUCCCUGAUCAGAGUUCACUUUUUUUUUUUUCCUACCAAUUUACGUUCCCUGAAAGUCGAAGGUGCUCCCAGGGAAGGAAAUUGCACUUCUCGCGUUUAAUUGAAAUUCGGGAAGGACGAAGUCGCAGGGCGAAUCGGGGUGAAUGCUCGACUGGAUGUCCCGUGCGUCAAUUCGAUGUGCAAUCGCCCGUACGGAGAAAGUAUUUAUUGCUCAAAAAAGUAAUCGAAAGCUUAUGGGAGGACGGGAGAGAUUCGGAUAGGCACGGAGAAGAUAGGCAGGUGGAUUCAGGGGAGGCUCUGAUAGGACGAUUUCAAAAUACGACGAAUUUUCGGAGUUCUUUCGGGGAAUCGACUCUCGCGAUGCAGCGACGCAAGAAAGACGAGAAUCCUUAGCUAUUAUAUUAACCUAUCUAUUUUUUAUCGAGUGACAGGCGUUAUCUUUCAUUUGAUAAAUCGCUACACUUUUAAUAUGUAUAUUUGCUAUAUUUUCCUUUCGUAUCGCAACCUACAUCACAGGUAAUCGAAGCGAAGAAUGAUUCGAUUAGGAUGUAACGAUGCCGAAGCUCGGCGAGACCAAGUAUAUACAUUGCAAUUAGACAUGUACGUUCCAUGCCCUGCUAGACAUUUUCUAUACAGAUCAAGGUAAGCGAGGCUGUUGAGAAAACGUUUUAGGCAGAUAUUUACUCGGCGGUUAGUGAGUUCGGGGUGAGACCACUAAGGAUCCAGUGAAUUUGCGCAUAAUAUGCUCGACGAGACAGCUCGGCUUAACAUUUCUUGACUUGUAAAUGAGAAUCUUCCGCAGGACGGUCUCCCGAGGCUUCUGCAACACUUACAUUCGGUCACUGUGUUGCCAUAUUAUUUUUUUGAAACUCAUGUGUUGCAUCACAGACAAAGCGAAUAAUGGCAUAUUGUAUAUAAUGUGUAUAAUGUCUUGUCAAUUGAUUAUUUUAUUCUUAUUAAAAGAUUCCUAUGUAAAACUGGAAA